AAUCACGCUUUACUCGUUUUCUCUGCAUCAUCAACAACUCCUCAAGUCAUUACGCACUAUUCAAAAACUAAAAGAAACAAACAAAAAAGUGAAAAGUUUUCGAUUGCGAUUUGAGUCGGAAACGAGUAAACACAACGAAAGGUUUAUAAUGGAUUCAAGAAAGUUCGAAGAAGACGAAGAUCGAAGCAUUCGUUUGCAGGUCUCUGAGCUUCAAAAAUUGGAGGAAGCUAGAGGCUCAAACGACACCGUUUUCGAUCUAAGAAGCAGCAUUGAGAAAGGCGACAGCGGCGAAACCGCAGACGCAGCUUCUGUUUCAUCCGCGACAGCGUUUCGUAGAAAAUCAACAGUCCCAGCUCCGGAGAAGAAGCUAACGCUAUUCGCUCUCCAACUCGCGAUUCUUGAGAAAACCGCCACCGGAAUCGGAACCCUAGGGUUUAUCUGGGCUACGGUGGUUCUUCUCGGCGGCUUCGCGAUCACACUCGACGGUUCCGAUUUCUGGUUCAUCACCAUCAUUCUCCUAAUCGAAGGUGCUCGAAUCUUCAGUAGAAGCCACGAGCUCGAGUGGCAACACCAAGCCACGUGGACCGUCGCCGGCGUCGGAAUCAGUAGCUUUCGCGCUCUCCGAUCAAGCUCAGCCUCGCUUCUCAAGAAUCUAAAACGAAUCAGUGCUUCAAUCUUCAAGCCACGAUCGAGGGAAGCGACGGCAAGAGACUGUGUCGUUCCGGAGACGACGUUAGAGACAUGGAAGAAUUCAGACGUACCUCUUCUUCCAUACGCGAGAUGGUUCUUUAUCUCCAGUACAGUGAGUCGUCUUCUUUACUGGCUCCAACUUCUAUCUGCAACGGCUUGUGUUGCUCUGUCUUCUUACAAGCUUGUUAGGCAUAACUAUGGAGAUGUUCAUAAAGGAGAUACGGAUAAGAGGAAUAGACAGUCUGCUCUCAAUAUAUUCUACUCGCUCGCCUUUGCGGAGGCGUUGUUGUUUCUUGUGGAGAAAGUUUAUUGGGAGUGGCAAGUCAGUGUUUGUAAUUUGCUUGAGAAUGUGACUAGAGAGUGUGAGUUUGGGGUUACUGGUUUGGUUUCGAUCAAGAGGUUUUUCUAUGAUUCGUAUUCGAAAUGUGUCAAUGGGAGUAUAUUUGAUGGUUUGAAGAUGGAUAUAGUGAGCUUUGGUAUGGAGCUCUUGGACUCGAACUCUUCUGAUGAACAGCUUAUUGGAGUGAGGAUUCUUAGGCAGUUUGCAGUGACUGAACGGUACUCGGAGGAUACACUUGAGAAGAUCGGAAUCAACUUUCCAGUUAUUGAAAGGUUGGUGGAGAUGUUGAACUGGAAAGAUCUGCAAGAGGAAGAGAUUAGGAGAUCAGCCGCUGAGAUACUAUCGAAACUAGCUGGCAAAAAGCAGAACUCUUUAAGAGUCGCUGGGAUUUCUGGUGCAAUGGAAUCGAUUUCAUCGUUAUUAGAGAACACUAGAUCAUCAGGUGAAGCUCCUGAUGAGAUUGGAGAGAAAAAAGUGUUCCAUGACCAUAAUCUACACUACGAUUUCUGGAGAUUCAACAAUUUGGGCCUUCUAAUUCUGAAGAAAUUAGCCAAAGAUCAUGACAACUGUGGAAAACUCGGCAACACGAGAGGUCUUCUCCCGAAGAUAAUUGAUUUCACACACGCGGAUGAAAAUCUGUUGAGGGAUGAGAACGCAGACAUCGCGAGGUCAUGUGUUCUGACUCUGAAACGGUCACUUCAGCUUGUGAAAAUGUUAGCCAGCACAACAGGAAACACAGGGAAGUGCCUCCGGAGAGAGAUCUCUGAGAUUGUAUUCACAGUAAGCAACGUUAGGGAUGUCCUGAGACACGGGGCGAGAUACCCAAAGCUGCAGAAGCUCGGGAUCGGGAUAUUGACCAACCUUGCGCUUGAGGCCGAAGCUCGGGAGAGAAUUGGCGGAACUGGUGGUGUUCUGAAAGAGUUGUUCAACAUUUUCUUUAAACGGGAAACACACGGGGACGAGCGGAAUGAGGGAUGUGUGAGGAUCGCUGCAGGAGAAGCGAUAGCGAUGCUUGUGUUGGAGAGCAAGAGCAACUGCCUCCAUGUUCUUAGGCUUGGGGUUAUUGGAAGACUUGUGGAAGCACUUGAAGUUCCUCCGAUCCGUGUGAACGCUGCAAGAGUGUUGAGAAACUUGUGCUUAUACUCCGGGGAUGAAUGCUUUCAUGACCUGAAGUUCGUUAAAGCAGCAGCACCAACAGUCUUGAAGUCAAUAACUUCAGAAGACAACAAAUUACAGGAAGUGAUGGUGGGAUUAGCAGCCCAAGUGUUUAGAUUCAUGAGUUCAAAAGAAUCGAGCUAUGUUUUCUUGGAUUCAGGCAUCAAGAGACAAGAACUGGCAAACUCGUUGGUCUCAAUUCUUAAAAAGAACGACAAGCCGGCGAUUAAGGUUCCAAGAAUCAGGAGGUUUGUGAUUGAGCUGGCGAUUUGGAUGAUGGAAGAUGAUUUGGAGGAUAAUGUAGCAUUGUUUAGAGAGAUGGGUCUAGAGAAAGAGCUUGAGAAGGUUCUAGAAACUACGGCUGAGCUCGAGAACUUUGAUGUUUUCUCCGGUACUGUUGGACUAAGCCGUCACAGCAGAACUGUGCAUUCGCUAGCUGAGCUAGCCUUGGAAAUUCUUAGAGGAUAAAUGAACCAUACACCUCAUCCUGCAAAAUAUCUUCAAAGCUCUGCAUUAGAGCUGCAAAUAUGACUCAAUUGUUUUGUAAGAAGAAUGAAUCAACAAUGUACAGAUGUGAUGGUUAUUGAAUAUAUUCUUUAAUUUAUU